CUCCCGGCAUGCCUUGCGCGGACUAGUUCCGGCGGCGGCGCUCACCGGGGCGCAGUGUAUUGGAAUCCCAGAGUUUUCUACAGCAAGAGAAAACUUCCAGCAAAAUCUUCUCAGCAGCAGUUAUUGGUUUGGGUUGAGGAGUCAAUCAAAGUUGAGGGCAGGAUGUCGGAGCUGAGCGACGAGGCCAGCGAGUCGGAGCUGCUGAGCCGCAGCCUGUCCAUGUGGCACGGGCUGGGGCCCGCGCUGUGCCGCGAGGAGCUCGACGUGCCCCUGGACCUGCACACGGCCUCGUCUGUCGGCCAGUACCACGUGGUGCAGGAGUGCAUCCAGCGUGGAGACCUGGAUUUGAACCAGAGGAACUGUGGGGGCUGGACCCCACUCAUGUACGCUUCCUACAUCGGCCACGACAACAUCGUGCACCUGCUGCUGGAAGCAGGAGUGAACGUGAACAUCCCCACCCCAGAAGGGCAGACUCCCCUCAUGCUGGCCUCCAGCUGUGGCAAUGAGAGUGUGGCUUACUUCCUCCUCCAGCAAGGGGCAGAGCUGGAGAUGAAGGACAUCCAUGGCUGGACUGCCUUGUUCCACUGCACCAGUGCUGGGCACCAGCAGAUGGUCAAGUUCUUACUGGAGAAUGGAGCAAAUGCCAACUGCAAGGAGCCAGUGUAUGGGUACACACCUCUGAUGGAAGCAGCUGCUUCUGGCCAUGAGAUCAUUGUUCAGUACCUUCUCAAUCAUGGAGUGAAGGCAGAUGUCAGAGAUAACACUGGAGCCACAGCACGGACCUUGGCCAUGAAGUAUGGCCACACAAAGAUUGUGGGGCUGAUAGAUCUGCAUGCAGCCCCAGUGCCCAAGGUCUUCUGCAGAGGUCCAGGCAACUAUGAGGAGCUGAGUUCUUCAGAUGAAUCAUGUCCUGCUCCCCAGAGACAGAGACCUGCUCGUAGGACCAAGGGUCCCAGCAUCCAUGAAGGGCCCCAGGCCUUGGCCAAGAUCACAGCAAUUGGCCUUGGGGGAAGGAAGCAGUCUUGCUAUGAGCAGGUGCCCCCUCAGGGCUAUGUCACCUUCAGCAAUGAUGGCAGCUGUGUGCCAGGUGUCAUCCGGCACAGGGACGUCACCUCCCCCAUCAAUGAGCUGGACGUGGACAGCAGCAGCAGCAGGGAGGAUAGUGCUUUGUCCAGCAACAGCUUGGGAACCGUCAGGAGCAGCAGCAGCAGCAGCAGUGAAUGCUUAAUCAGAAUCCCAGGAGUCAGCAGUGAAGGCUCUUUGGAAAGCAAUGAGGACUCUGACCACACCAACAGCCCCCCGAGUCGGAAACAAGCCAAGAGCUUUAAGGGCAAGGCCCGCUACAGCAACAGUGACAGCCAGGGGAGCCACUGCCUGGGGAAGGCUGGGGGCUGCUGCCAGCACCUGGUCCUUCCUGAGCCCCCAGCCUACACAGGGCCCCAGGACCUGGCAACAUUCCUUGAGGAGAUUGGGUGCCUGAAGUACCUGCAGGUGUUUGAGGAGCAGGACGUGGACCUCCGGAUCUUCCUGACCCUCACAGAGAGUGACCUGAAGGAAAUUGGCAUCACGCUGUUUGGCCCCAAGAGGAAGAUGACGUCGGCCAUCGCGCGCUGGCACAGCAGCGCCCGCCCGCCCAGCGACGCGCUGGAGUUGGCCUACGCUGAUCGACUGGAGGCAGAGAUGCAGGAAUUGGCCAUCCAGCUGCACAAGAGGUGUGAAGAGGUGCAGGUGAUGAAGGGCCAGGUGUGCCAGGAGCAGAAGCUGCGGGCAGUGGCUGAGAGCUGCUUGAUGGAGCGGGAUGAGACCUGGAAUGCCAUCCAGUGCCAGCUCAGAGAGGCUCAGGCCAUCACCACAGAUGCUGGAGUCCUGCUGGAUCAGAUCAAGAGCUGCCAGGCAGAGCUGUCGGCCCGGCUGGCCCCGGACACGCGGGAGCAGCAGCGGGAGCAGCGGCCCAGGGAGCGCCCAGUGCUGGAAGGGUGGCCGCCCUCCCUGAAGUCCCUGAGCUUGCCUGAGCUGUCAGCUGUGCUGGAGGAGUGUGUGGGAGAGAUGGGAAAAGCUCUGCAGACUGUGACUCAAAACCUCCAAAGGCUCCAAGCCCUGGGGCAGAGUGGGCAGAGCUGGCCCAAGGCAUAACCGAGCCAGGAGGGGAUUCUGACGUCGGGUGACCGUUCCACCCGGAAGCUGAGUGUGCCUGGAGAGGGAGCAGGGGCUCUGCCGAGGGCCACCACAGCCUGCAGGGCACCCAGGAGGCCGUGGCCACCUGAGAACGCAGCUGGGAGGACGAGGGACAGCAGAGGACAACAGCCAGCUGCUCUUGGGGCCUGACUCAAGGCUCCCAGGAUCUUUGUUUGAAAGGUUUAGAUUUGGAGGAGAAGCUCCAAGCCUAGAAGUUCUGUCUGCCUUAAGCUUCCUGCAGCCCUUGUUCAGGUCUGGGUGGUGGUAGAAAGGUGACAGUUGCACACAGCAAUCAAUUUAUUAUCCUUUUCAGUAUCCCAAGCUCCCCAGGGCCUCUGAAAUGUGUCCCUGGCUCCUCCUGUGCCAUGGGGAUUGGCCCAGAGAAUGGAUCUGAGGCCAUAAAAGAGGCAGUUUGUUGUGGAGGGGUGAAGGGAGUGGACUUUGUGAUGUUUGGCUCUUUGAGCUGCAGUGGAGCUCAAACUGCAGCCCUGUUCCUAGUUGGAAUGUCUGCUCUGCUGCCACCCCAGAUCUGGGUUUCAAAGCCUGUUCCUCCAGCCAGCCCACUCUGGUUCACUUUGGGUUCUUGCUGUCCUCAGGGCUGGGUGUGAUCACAUUGGUGGUUUAGGAAUGGCAUUCACUGAAACACUCCCAACUCACCCACUCCCCCUCCUCACCUCCUCUCCCCUGAGGUGGGAUGGAGAAGAGAACUGGAGGCACAAAAGGUGAAGAUCACUGGUAGAAAUAAAAGCAUUUUACUGGAAACAGCAAUGAGAUAAGGAACAGUAACAGUAAUAACAAAAGGGUACAGGAGAGGUCCUGGUCCAGCAGGAAUGAACCCUGUCCUGGCCAGACCCAGGACAUCACUGUUACUUCAUCCCCAAGAGCUUGGCUUUGUAGUCAGUGCUGUAUGGCAGAGGUCAUUGGCCUGCUGUGCCAGGAUGCCAGCAAGGCAGGGAUCCCCUGGAAAGACAGGAGAGAGAGAAGGAGGAGCUGGGACUGCUGAGCUUCCCCUGCCUCUGGCAAGCAGGGGAGUGCCAAGGCAGCAGAGCAGGAACGGGGAUAGCUCUGUGCCCAUGGGAAUGGGCAAAGGAACCACAGCCCAGACAGAGCUGUGGUGCCAGGCUUUGCCCCUCAGCACUGCCUGCCUUUGAUGUGCAGGCUUUAGUGCUGGGAAAGAGUUCUGCCAGAGCAUUUGUGGGUGGGCAUUGCCAAGGACAGGGCUGUCCCUGGGAGUGGGUGAGGGUGCCAGGGACCUUGGUGUAGAGUGGUUUCCAAUGACUGUUCCCAUUUAUUCCUGAAUCCUCUAAGGGGGAAAAACACAACAAUCAAAAACUGAAGUCUAUGAGUGAUGACCUUGGUGAAUCAUGCUAAGUCCCUUUGGGAAGAGGAUGGAACUGUGUGUUCCUUCUGCUAUUUGGACAUGGAUCCCCAUAUAAAAACCCAUCCAACUCCAUCUUCUGAUGAGCUGCCUGAAUCCCUUCAGGCAGGGGUGACAACUGGCCUGCCUGCAGUGCCUGUGCUUCCUGGCCCUCAGCUGUGCCCCCGUGUGUCACAGUGGCAGUGUCCCCUGCUCUGGGUGCUGCUUCCUGCCCGUGCUGACCUCCCACCCUCAGCACUGGGCACUGUUUUUCAUCUUGAGCAAACACCAUGGAGCACACGGGCACCCAGUGCCAGCUGCAGGGUGAGGCUGCAGGAGCUUCACCCUGCAGAGUUGGGAUGAGGGGGAGGGAAUUGUCCUCCUGCAGCACCCCUGGGAGCUCCUCAGAGGGCUGAGGCUGUGCUGGGAGCAGUGUUCAGGCUUUGUCUCUCAUUCCCUGUCACUGGGGAGCUCCAAGGUCUCUCCCUAGCCUUGGUGCUGCCUCUGGCUGCAGUAAUAUGGGGGAGUUAGUGCUGCUUCCCUUGAAUUUAAAGCAAACUCCCCCAAAAUACUCCUAAGGGGAAAGCCCUGUCUCAGCAGUGCCCUCAGAAUGGGGGGCUCUGCAGAACAGUGGCUGGAAGGUGACUACAGGAAUUUGAGGCUUGCUUUGCCAAGUCUGAGGCUGGAGUUGAGGUUUGGGGGAUUAACAGGAUUGAUCCAAUUGAUCAGAAUGCAUGGGAAAAGGGGUGAGAUGUGGCAGUGUGUGUGUGAAGGAAAAAGGCCCCAAACAGGGGCAAAGGCUUCAACAAGGGCUGUGAGAGCACCCCAGGGCCCAGCAGGGAGGGGAUCUUUGACAGCACAGUAUCCCUGAGGAGGCAGUUCCUUAACUGCAGGAUGUCAAGCAGCAUUCCUUGCAGCUAGGGUGGCUGUGCAGGCAGCAGCAGUCUGGUGCUACCCUAAGGUGAGCUGUCCAUGGAAAAAACAGCAUUUGCUGAUUUGGAUAAAUGAAUAAAAGCUGAGAAGCCUG